GACAAGACGACAUUGUGAUUCACGUCCACAAUUCCAGAAAGUACUGAAUCUGGCUGGGGGAAUAUAUCACAAAUGUUGAGCCGUACUGAUUUAGGUGUGGACAUUUGUACGUCAAACUUUUCGUAACGGGAACAGGACCUAAAGAAACAGUGGAACAUGUCAAUCCUGUGUCAGAACCGAAGCAGUCGCUGGCAGGAUAUCCAGAAUGGGCUGCAGUUUAUCCAGUCGACUCUGCCCUUUCCUGGGAAUCAGGAACAAUAUGAGGUGUUCAUUCUGGACCUUGUAUCGAAUCUGUUUGGUGAAGGAAACGACAUAUUCAAUGAAGGGGAAUGGACAAGAGCAAUAGAAAUGUACACGGAGGCCUUGAGUAUAGCAGAAUAUGCAAACUCGGAAGACAUUACUGUGUCUACAGUACUGUUGGAAAAGUUAUAUGCCAAUCGAGCUGCUGCUUACUUAAACAUUGUUCCAGGUCUGCAUGACGAGGCCCUAGCAGACUGUGAAAAUGCUCUACAGUUGAAUGAGGGAAACCAUAGAGCACUUUAUAGGAAAGCCAGAGCCUUGAAAGAAUUGGGGAGGCAUAAAGAGGCCUAUGAUGCGGUAGCAAAGUGCUCACUUGCUGUGCCUCAGGAUCCUAGUGUCAUUCAGUUGACCCAGGACCUAGCCAAACUGUUGGGGUUGAAAAUACGUAAAGCUUAUGUCAGGAGUAAGCCAGCCUUAAAUGUUUUGUCUGGAUCAAGUUAUUCAGGGGCAUCCAAUGAGAAGUCUCAUGGAUCUACAUCUGUGGAAGAUAUAGAAAUGGAAGUGAAUCCGGUCCCCAUGGAUAACAGCGGCUCAGCCCUCCCAAACACAGGGCCAGUGAUGGUCAUGAAGGUGCACCCCUCUCAGAAUGAGAGAAUUGAUGCUGAAUCGCCCUCCGUCUGCAUCAUCCCUUCAGUCUCGCCUGUUGAGGUUCAUACCCCAGAGCCCGUCCACGUACCCAUGCCUACGCCCAUUUCAAAGCCGAUGCCCUUGCCUACGUUGGUCAAUGGUGCCAGAGCCAGUCCUACCCAGUCCUACCAUGUGCCAAUGCAAGAGUCUCGUCUGGACUUUGAUGCAGAAAUCAUUGGCGAUGACCUGGAUGAUCUUCUGGACCAAGCAGGCAAUGUCCCUACGGACUCUCCCAUGGUCAUUCCCACCAUGAAGGGGCCCAUCCCUUUACCAACCAGUGCCCCCUCGAAUCUGCCCCCUCACUUCCACAUGCCCUCUCACGUGAACCACUUCAUGCACAUGUUACCACGGUGCACUGUGAACCUGCCUCCUCCCUACCACGAGCCCCAAGCCGGUGCCUACUCGCUAGGCCUGGACACCUUCGGGGUUUCCUCACCACUGGAUUCACUGGACAGCCUCAGCCUAUCAGAGCAUCAGACAGGUAUGCAGGGACAUGCAUACAGCCAGUUUAACGGAUAUGGUCAACAUCCGUUCAUGCAGUUGAGCAGUGAUAAGCCAAUGGGAAUGGCCUUGGGCAUGCCGGAUGUAACGCCAGCCCCUCCAGCAGUGGAUCUGACCAACAAUCCCCUCGCUGAAACCCAUGAAUUCAAACAGGCAUGCUCAAACUGCUACGUCAAAACCGGGCAUGGAGUGUUGGAUUUCACACUCUAUUCCAAAGACCACAAAUGCAAAAAGGACAUAUUACUUGGAAGGAUCAAGAAUCAACUGGAAAAAUCAUGGAAACCGAUCAGACCCAGGCCGACAAAAUCCCAGUAUGUAGGGCCUUACUAUAUCUGCAAAGACGUGUCCAUGGGGGAGGUGUGUAGGUACCCCGGUCACUGCACGUUUGCCUACUGUCAAGAGGAGAUCGACGUGUGGAGCCUGGAGCGCAAAGGCUUCAUCUGCAGAGAUCUGCUCUUCGAUCCCUUUGGGUCCAGUAGUAAAAUGCAUUUGACUGUCCCAAAGAUUCUGCAGGAGCAUCACGGGAUAUUCAUGUUCCUCUGCGGGGUGUGUUUUGAUCACAAACCCAGAAUAAUCAGCAAAACCAAUAAGGACGACCCAUCUCUUUGCUCUCACUCUGUAACAAAGCAUGCCUUUGAAGAACACAAGUGUCUGGUCCACGUUCUGAAGGAGAACACUGUGUGCUACUCCAAAAUCCGUCCCUACAGUCCGCAGAACCAAAUGGACAUCUGCCGACAUGAGGUGCGCUACGGCUGCGUGCGUGAGGAUGAGUGCUUUUAUGCCCACAGCCUGAUUGAGCUGAAAGUGUGGCUGAUGCAGCACCAGCUAGGCAUCACACCUGAAAAUAUUGUCCAGGAGGCAAACAGGUUUUGGAACACUGAGGCGAGCUCCCAAGGAACUCCGCAAUUCCCCACAACACUGAAGAAGUUUGGACCCCCAAAUCUGAAGAUGCAGUUUGUCUGUGGACAGUGUUGGAGGAACGGACAACUUAGUGAGGCAGACAAGAACAAGAAGUACUGCACUGCCAAAGCCAGGCAUUCCUGGUCGAAAGACAAACGAGUGGUGUUGGUGAGUUCCAUUGAACGCAAGAAAUGGACCUCAAUUCGCCCUCUCCCAACAAAGAAGCCCAUCCCUUCUCAAUUUGAAAUUUGCAUGCAUGUGUCUGCUGGCAAAAAGUGCCAGUACAUCGGGAACUGCACGUUUGCCCACAGCACAGAGGAAAAGGACCUGUGGACAUACAUGAAGGACAACAACAUUGUAGACAUGGAGCAGCUUUAUGAGCACUGGCUGCAGUCCCAAAAGCCAGGCUGGAGUGAGGAGGCUUCCAACAGUGCUGUCAAAGAUAACACAAAGCACAUCCACAUGCCCACAGACUAUGCGGAGGAAGUGGCUGGCAAUCACUGUUGGCUGUGUGGUAAGAACUCCAACAGUGACAAACAGUGGCAGCAGCACAUCACUUCAGAGAAACAUAAAGAGAAGGUAUUCAACUCUGAAGAUGAUCAGAACUGCUGGCAGUAUCGCUUUCCCACUGGCACCUUCAGAGUAUGCGAGAGAUACCUUAAAGGCACUUGCACGGAGGAGGAGACGUGUAAGCUGGCUCAUGGAAAUGAGGAACUGAAAGAAUGGAAGGAGCGCAGGGAGUUCCUUUUGAUGAAACUAGCCAAAGCAAGAAAAGACCAUCUCAUAGCCCCAAAUGACAAUGACUUUGGCAAAUAUAGUUUUCUGCUUAAAGAUAUAAAUUAAUAUUUUGAUCACGAUUAUGUUGGAAAUGUCUUCCUCACCAUUAAACGAGAAGUACAAGUUCAGGUGAGCCGUGGGAGGCUCUGGUCUGGUCCGCUGAAAGGAUAGAUGCAGAUCACUGCUUGGUUUUGAUGGAAUGCACAUAAGACUGUGGUCCAAAUAAUCAUGGCUGUGUUACCUUUAUCAUAGAUGAAGAAAUGCAUCGUGGCUUUUCACGUAACGUAGGAAUCAUUGAUGCAUCACAGCGAUCGCUUGUCAGGACAUGGAGCGAUGACUUGCUCACAGAAGUCAAAGCAGGGGCAGACACUAUCAGAGAACAGAAAAGUGACUUAAAAGGCUUUUGUAUUUUUAUUUUCCAUUUAAGACUGGCUGGUGACGUCUUUCUGUUUUGUACGAUUCAUUUUAAAUAUUGGACUGUUUGAAAAGGAAUUAUCAUUCCAUUUACAAAUUCUGUUCACAUAGGUCAUUUUCAUUCUCUCCAUAAUGUUUAACAUUUAAGCCCGUUGAAAGAUAUGGACCCACCAAAUUAAAAGCUUAAUAUCUUA